GCAGCCUCCAAACUGCGUUUUCCCUGCCGUGAUGGAUCCCUCUGUAAACCGAUAAACAGCCGGGUGACAGUGAUAUUACGGCCGACAUGUAAGAGCUGGAUAACUAUUCCUGUGUGACCGACACCCAUCUGCAGCUGAUCACAACCAAAUGAAAAAGGAUGGGCCCUUCAGACCUGUACUGAUUGGAGACAUGUUCUAGAGACGACAUCUAAACCAUCAUGAAAGGGUUAGGAGCCAACCGCAGUCGUCACCUGUCCGACUCGUGUGAACCCUCCGGAUGCCCACAGAAGCCUUUGUGUCCUCUGACCUCUGACCCCCAUAGCUCCUUCCUGUUGAGCCCCACCAUAAACCACUAUGCCACCCUGGACCCCCAUCUCCACCAGUGCACUCCCACAAGCCCCACCCCCCUCACCCCUGAUUGCCUGCUGCCUUUCAGCCAGGUCUCCAACAGCAGCACCUUCCCUCGUCUGCACUUCACCACCCAGGCUGACCAGGUCGACUGCUCCCAGGCCUGCAUGGCGGGCGGUGCUGGGCAGGGCGGCAGAGCGGGUGCACUAUCCACCUCCUUAUCUAUGGGCAUGGGCUUGGGUCUGGGCCUUUCUGGUGCUCCUAUGAUCACCAGUGGAUCAGCCACCAUCUCCUCUGCAGCAGCAGCCAAGAUGAACCGGUUACCCUCCAACCUUUUGGAUCAGCUGGAGAGGCACCUCCCCCUGCAGCGUGAUGGCUUCAGCACACUUCAGUUUCAUAGAGGACGUAUGUCGAAGCAACGCAGUGAGAGCCCAGGACGCAUACGCCACCUGAUGCACUCUGUGCAAAAGCUAUUUGCCAAGUCGCAGUCACUGGAAAACUCUGCAAUCAAAGGCAGCUUAAAUGGGCGCUCCGCCGGAGGACUGAGUGUCACCGCAGGAGCUGGUGAGGACGGUGGAAGACCAUCACGCAGGAGCAAGAGUAAAGAUAGGGCUAAAACUGAAGGGCAAAAACAGAGACCUAGACCCAAUGCACUGGGCCUGUGGAGCUCGGACGAUGCCCUGGACACUGACACUACCAAAGCUGGCACUAUUGCUGUAGGUUACCGCAACCCGCUGACCAUGAUGACUCUUGGCAGAGCGGUGUCAGACAGCCAGGCCCCUCCCAGACAUAUCCCACAGGGCUACAACACCAUUUCUGCACAUACUCUCAAGACCUCGAAAAGCAGCAGUGACCUCAAGUUUUUGGCGUGCCAGGCGACGCAGGUAGGAUCCAAGGAUGAAGAGGGUAGAACCAGGGGAAGCAAGGAUGAUAUACUGGUGAAGAGAGGCUCGUGGUCCACUCUAACCCUCAGCCAGGCCAGGCAAGUGCUGCAGAAGGGCUCCGCCACAGUCAAUAGGACCCUGCUUAAAUCAAAGUCAUGCCACCAAGACCUGGCACAACAGUUCCUUCAGGUCCCUCUGGGUGACUGGGCAGGAACUCUUGGUCGCGGCCGAGCCAGAGGAACUGAAAUCCCCUGUCGAAGGAUGCGCAGCGGCAGCUAUGUGAAAGCUAUGGGAGACAUAGAAGACAGCGAGGACUCAGAGGGAAGCCCCAAACCUUCGCCCAAGGCCACUGCACGUCGCCAGAGCUACCUGAAGGCCACCCAGCACUCCCUGAGCGAGCAGCAGCCGCCUCCACCUCAACGCAAGCCUCGUUGCUACGCUCUCAUGCGGGAGGAUUAUCUGUGGUCUCCACUACAGAGUGCAUGCUCUAUGCAGCAUCUGAGCUCCCUGCCGUCCCUGAAAGAGCUGUCGACUAAUCGGAGCCUCGAUAACUUGGACUGCCUGGUGAGCCCGUUGGAGGCCCCUCCACGCUACAGGAACACUGAUUUCAGCCAAUGCUCUGCCACACUGGGCAGAGGCUCGGCCACUCAGCGUGUGAGUCUGCACACGUUCUUUCAGGUAUACGGGCAGGGCUGUGGGCACUCAGUACCGUACUGUGAGGGGGAAUCGCAGGCAGUGGAGGCUCUGGAUCUGCCUGCGCCCACGUGCUUCCGGUCACGCAGCCACAGCUACCUGCGGGCCAUCCAGGCGGGCUGCUCCCAGGAUGAAGAUACAGCGUCUGUGGACUCGGACUCACCGCCACCCACCACCACAGGCUACAGCUCCAACACCACUGUCAGCAAUAGGAAGGCUCCUCCUCCAGUCCCACCCCGCACCACAUCCAAGCCCCUCAUCUCAGUGACGGUGCAGAGCAGCACAGAGUCGGCCCAAGACGUAUACCUUGACCAGCAGGACCGCGGCAGCGAGGCAAACAGCCAGUCAGGACGCAGCAACUCCUCCGACAGUCUCUGUAGCAUCCGCACGGGCAGUCUGGCUAAGGGGACCCGACCUCCACCAGUCCCUGUCCCUGCUGCAGCACCUGCACCCGCUGCAGGCUCUGCACAUCCCGUUCCGGCCCCUCGUGAACUCCCUCCCACCACCAUCACCACCGUCACCACUACCACCACUUCUACAUCUACCCAGCCCCAAAAUGACACCCUGAGUGUUGGUAUCACCCUAGAGCAGCCCCCGACUGCAAACAAGAGGAAACUGUCCUCUAUCGGAAUCCAGGUGGAUUGCAUUCUGCCAGUCCUAAGAGAAGAACCACUACCCCUGACUGCACCCCUCAAGUUCCAGUCAAUUGGAGUUCAAGUGGAGAACGGCAGGCCUCUCAGCCGGGACAGCAGCAUGGCCUCCAGACAAAAUACAGAGACCGAGCCUCAGGAGCCCCAGGAUGCCGCACCCACAGAAAACAACACAGCCAACUGCACCAACAGUCAAACAGUGAAUGCCACCGCACCCAACAGACAGGACAAAGCCAUGGAACAGCAGCCCCUUAAACACACCUCAGCCCCAUCGAGGAUAGCAACCUCGCCCCCGGAGUCUCUGGAUCCGGCUUUAGACCCGUCCUCGCUGCCACCGCCAGACCCCAGCCUGGAAAACGCGAACUGCAGCGCCCAAGGAGAUGCUGUACAGCCCAGCACGCCGGCUUGCCUCCGGGACGGUAACUGGUUUCUGAAGCUGCUGCAGGCAGAAACGGGGCGCAUGGAGGGCUGGUGUCAACAAAUGGAGCAGGAGACCAAAGACAACAAGCUGUCAGAGGACGUGUUGGGGACGAUCCGCAGUGCAGUUGGCAGCGCUCAACUCCUUAUAACACAGAAGUUCGAGCAGUUCAGAGGGCUCUGUAACGAGAACUUGAACGUAAACGCUAACCCACGACCAACAGCGCAGGACCUCGCAGGGUUCUGGGAUCUGCUACAGCUCUCAAUAGAGGACAUCAGCAUGAAGUUUGAUGAGCUUUACCAACUGAAAGCCAACAACUGGCAACUUCCUGAGAAAUCAGCGAAGAAGGAUGAAAACAAGCAGCUUCCAUCAUCUGUGCCAAAGAAGCCGACUAAACCCAAACUGUCAGCGGGCAAGGACAGAAGCGUGGACUCUGCCGUGGACAAACAGCGGCAAGAAGCCAGGAAACGUUUGAUGGCAGCGAAACGCGCAGCAUCAGUACGACAGAACUCCGCCACGGAAAGUGCUGACAGCAUCGAAAUCUACGUCCCCGAGGCCCAAACCCGCCUCUGAAAGUGAACCAGCACCGAUCAUCGAGCAAAACCCAGACUCACUUCAGACAUUCAUUGACGCAAAACACACAGACAGAACUGAGACGAACACACAGAUGUACAACGGAUGCACAGAGGUCCGAUCCCUCCGAGCAGCACAGCUGAUGAAACGCAGGGAUCACAGAAUAAUGCAGAUCACCACCCUGCUGCCAUGGGACAAAAAUAACCUUGACAGAUGUUUAAUACUAUUGUUAUUAUUGUUAUUAUAAUAAUUAUUAUCUCCUAAAGUAUAUCAGGACUGUCUUAAAUGUGCAAGUAUCUUGGAUAAGGACAUCCUGUACCUUGUGAGCUGAAGAAUCUUGGUAUCCCAGAAGUUUACUCUCUUAAAAACUCCCUUCACUGCUGAGUCUACCGGCAAGUUGUGGCUGCCUGGUUUACGAGCUGAGCUACCAUCCACACACACUCAGGACACACAUGCAGGUGUACUCACUGUCCACAGAGUCUUCCUGUUCUCUAUUUGUAUUAGGCUGCCACUCGUCGGGUGUGGCGUGCACGCUUUACCGUGUCCGCGUCAUGAGAUGGUGUUACUCAGAGGUUUAAAAUGCAGAGAGAACCAGAGGAAGGCAGUAGCAUAUAUAUUAUAAAUAUCACACUAUUACAAUGUUCAUUUUGUAAAUGUUGUAUACCAGAUUAUUUGUUAGAAAGAGGUCAGUGUUCAGUACCAAGGUAGUUUUUUAUAGAUCGAGUACAUGUACUGUCAUGAUAUAUUAGCACUUGAUGCAAUCAUUCACUCCACCUCUCUCUCUCCUUUUUUCACAAACGCACACUACGCAGUCUGUGUCUGUGAAUACUCAUCGUUAAAGUCUUACGUUUUAGUUUUUUCUUUUUUUUUUUUGUGAAGGGAUGUGAGGAAUGACUGUCCUGCCAGUGAGCUACAGAGGAAUGUAUGAAAUCGUAUGCAUUUACAGCUCAUGUUCGACUUGAUCACUGCACUUUUCCAUUCACCUCGGAUCAAGUUUGCUCACCUUCGUUUGCCUAAUCAUUCACUGCAUCCUCACGUGAUGUAGGGGACCAAGACAUUCACCACUCGAUAAUGGCAUUCCCAUUCAACCAGACGACGUGCGAUAGGGUGGGGGUUUAUGUGCCACUGGAAAGGAAGUAGAACAGCAAUAAUAAAGUAAGAGCGAGCAAUGCAGAAGGUACCCAGUCUUAAAUUAUUAACAUUUCCAAUAAACUUUCUUAGCAUGAAGGAUGAAUGUUUAUGUCUUUGAUGAACUGACUGCCCUUGAAAUGACUAAAAUCUCAGGUUGAACAAACUCAACAGUUGGAAACCACUAUGGGUGGACUAUUUAUUAAAAAUUAACUGGCCAAAUGCUUAGAGCCAAUGACAAAUAUUUAAAAUCCAAACCUACUAAGUAAGAAAAAUUAGGGUUUGGUGCAGUGAAGUAAAGGUUUAGUUUGACUGCUAAAAUCGGCAGUCGUUGCCCUUUCUAGCAGCUUGAACUCCCACCCAUGUUUUGUUGAGAAUGAACUGUGGUACAUUUUCUUUUUUUUAUUUAAAUUUUACUGUCAUUUUACACAUAUUGAGGUCAACCUAAACGUCUUGUCUUCUUGUCUUGAUUUGUGUAAUUAAAAUAAUUAAUGGUGCUGCGAGGGACUAAAUAUUGUGCCAAGACGGCAACGAUCAUCAACAUUUCAGUGUCACUUGAAGAAACUUAUUUAAAGUGAUUUCCGUUUUUUAAAAAAUAUAAUCUGCCCAUGAAAUCAGCUGUCUGUGUGCACAUUUUUAGCUAAGUUUGUUUGUGUUUGCAUCACUCCAGAUAACGCUAUGCCUCGUCUCUGUCUCUCGUGACGCUUUUGAGUGUGGGACUGGAAUAUUUUCCACGUUUCUCAUAUGAAAACACAAGUAGUGCCAAAGGGUACAUGGGUGGAACUGGGCAUAGCAGAUACUCGUGCACACGUGUAGGUUGACUCACUAGUUUUGUUUUGUUUUUUUUCUUUUUAUUUAGUAAGAGCUGGCUCUCCCCCUACUGGUCAGUCCUUGCGUGACACUCCAGACAUCUUCUGCUCCAUUUUGAAUCUUUUAGUUGACAUCACACAAGAAAUGACGUUGAACUGGGAAUGCUGACACGACACCAAGUUGUUGAUUUUUCUUAUUCUCUUGUUUGUAUUACAUCAACAAUGGACAUGUGCAUUUCAUUGUCCAAAGAAAUCAUUAAACAUCCCUUUGCUACA